AUGUUUGCCGGAAAGUCCAGCGAGUUGCUAAGACGCGUGGAGAGGCUGGAGGCGGCAGGGUUGACGGUGGCGCUGGUCAAGAGCAGCAAAGAUAGUCGCUACUCGAACUCGCAUGUUGUCACCCACGACGGCGUGAAGAAGGCCUGUUAUGCUGUGCCCUCGCUGGAGGUGUUCCGCAGCAUGGCAGGGGAUCGCUGGGCCAAGUACCAAGUUGUCGCCGUGGAUGAGGCACAGUUCUUCCCCGACCUCUUUCACAUCUGCAGCUCGACGGCUGAUGGGGAGGGCAAACUCUGGGUGCUGGCAGGCCUGGACGGCGACUUCAUGCGGCAGCGCUUUGGACAGAUGCUGGAUUUGGUCCCGCACGCAGACUCCGUGACCAAGCUGACUGCACGGUGCCAGUACUGCGCCCAGUCCGGGGUCACGACAGCCGCGCCCUUCACUGUCCGAUUCUCAGUUGCCGACCAGCGGCAGGAGGUGGUGGGCGGUGCCGAGCGGUACGCGGCUGUGUGCCGCCAGCACUUCGGCCGGAUGCUGGGCCACGAUGCGGCGGCGCCCGAGGGUGACGCCGAUGCCCAGGCGGCCACAUGA